GCAGCCGAAGCAAUCGGUUGCUUCCUGAUGCUUGCCAUUCAGGAGCUUCAUGGGGCGUGCAAGGCAACUUUACGGUCAAGAGUCAUCAUGCCAGUGGCCUUUCAUCGGUCCAAUGUUCGCAGCGAUGGUAGUGACUGCUUUUUGUUUGAUUUGCUGGCUCACAGCAGCAAAGCCGCCAGAUGUGCAACAAAGUAUUGCGCAGCAAAUCCGCGAGGAUUCAGCUCUGGGGCCAAAUCGAGAUCAGCGAGGCUGUUUGCAAUCAGCUGGAUUUGUUUGGUGUGAAGGAAUUGGAAGGUGCAUCCGCCCUUGGAAGGAAACAUGUCCGGGUGGGACAGAGUUCUGUCGAAGCUAUUGCGCGACGUUGAAGCUGGAUGAUGAAAAGAGGAAAGGACUUCAAGGAGCGACGUUGGACUCAUACCAGUGUUCCAUGAUUUCCGAUUUGUUGGUGUAUGUAUCACAUUCUGUCACUACGUGUCAUGCUAUUGCAAUUCCAGAGCAAGAAGUAGAAGAUGCCGAGCCACUGUCUGACCUGAAAGCCUUCAACUUAUCUUUUAACGAAGAUCUGUCAAAUGUCCAGAUGGACCCGUAAAAUGUGGAUUCUCAAUCAUAUGUCCUUUGUUUUUUCCUCGGCUUAGGGUGUUGGUUGGAUGUCGUUUACCUUGCCAAAUUUACGCCGAACACUGACAAAAGGCUACCUGUGCAGCUAUGUGAAUUAAGAUCAUUUUGAAUCCGAACCUGAUGUUUCUUGGGAUGAGACAAUUUUUUGCCCUGCUGUACCUUCAAGCUUCCACAAUGUUGAUAGAUUUCUUCCCUGAUGGGUCUGGCGCCCUUGCUGUUCCUGGGGGCCGGGCUCGAGUGCAGCUUCAGGUAUCCGCUGUGGCUGCCAAGGAGUCCUCGACAACAACAAAUAGAUGAGAUGGCAACAGCAGCUGCGCAAUGUGCUUCAUUCCUGCGUGAAUAAAAGGUGGAUGAAAGUGCUUAAAUCAUCUUGAACCUAUCCAGUCUGAAGUGACACUGUAUAGCUUCCAAGCAAGAAAC